AUUCAAACUAUGUUUUGCCAAACGAUGUUGGAGAAGAAGACAGACUAGAUAUGCAACACGCUAUGAUAAAACAUGCCUUCGACGGGAAUUUUUCAGCACCUGUCGACCAAUUGUUAAGGAGUGGAGCAAGGGUACUUGACGUCUGUUGCGGUUCAGCCGCUUGGAUGUUAGAACUAGCCAAAGAAUACCCCAACUCUUAUUUUGUCGGCGUAGACAUGGCACCUGUGGUCCUUGCAGACGAAAAGCCUAGUAACGUCGAGUUCGUAGAAUAUAAUGUCCUUGAUGGACUUCCUUUUAAUAGCAACUCGUUCGAUUUCGUAUUUUCCAGAGCCCUUGCCGCCGUAUAUACAAGGGCACAAUGGACUGAGGUUGCUAUUCCUGAGUACGCGAGAGUUACCAAGCCAGGCGGAUGGGUAGAGUUGUUGGAGUGGGAUGGAAUGAUAAGAGGUCAAG